UCAUUACUGGUAUAUGUAUAUGUGAUUUAAGUCGUGAAGUAAAAUAAAAUUGUUAAUAAUGUUUCCACGUCAUACGAAGCCAUCGGGCAAGAUUUUAAAUCGGAGUGGUGAGGAUACUAAUUUUCGAGACAAUAUCCGCAUGUCAACACUCACAGUUGGAUAUCAGAACGAACGCACUAAUAUAUGGAUGGACGAUAAGGAUCAUGCCAGUAGUAUAUCAUCUGAAGGAUCUUCAACAGCUUUUCUUUGUACGAAAACUGCAAUAACGAUGCAACAGCAUCCCUGGGAUAAGGCAGAAAUAACAUUAGCUCUCUCAACUCUUCCUGCCGGGGAAACUGCGUUAGCUCUUAUUCCAACACUUCAGGGCGACGUUCUUGAGAAAACGCUUGAAGAGUUAAAAAAUACAAGUUCAAUUAAAUCUAUACAACAAACUUUAGUAAUUUCAAAUUUCGCCAAUGGUGGUGCCAAAAAGUCAUCUCAUGAUGCGCAAAAUGAGGCAGCGGCAUCUUCAACCUCGGUAUCAGUUCUUACUAAAUGGCCAGAGACUUGUCUUCUUGUUGCUUGUUGGCUAGGACAAGUCGAAGUAGUAAAAGUGCUUCUUCAAAGAUGCACCAAUAUCUCUAUACGAGAUGGUCAUGGAAGGACUCCAUUGCAUUUGGCAGCGUGUGCGGGACUCGUUGAAAUAAUAGAAAUACUAUUAAAACAUGGCGCUAAUCCAAAUGAUUGGGAUUUUAGUAAAGAAUACACUGCACUACAUUGUGCCGCGGCGAUUGGUAAUUUUCCUUCAGUUGACUAUUUAAUUAAAUCUGGAGCAAACGUUGAUGCUGGUCUUCCUGGACGUACUCCAUUACAUUAUGCAGUAUUGAGUAAUGCUUCUAAAUGCGUGGAAGCUCUUUUAAAAGCUAAAGCUUCUCCAAAUAAUCCUCAAGUAUAUACUGAAACUCCGUUGCAUGUCGCUGCUAGUUUAGGUUCUGAUUGUAAUGUAAGUUUGCUUUUACAUUACGACGCUGACGUACGAGUUCAAUCUGGUACGGCACGAUUAACGCCACUUCAUUUAGCUGCUGAAGAAGGUAGCAGUGAGUGUGUUAAGCUUUUACUCAAAGCUGGAGCGCCAAUAAAUGCUAAAAAUUCACGAGGACAGACUGCAUUACACCUUGCGGCAUUAACGCAAUCUUCGGAUACUAUGGAAGUUUUAAUUGCCGCUGGAGCUGACGUUAAUGCUGAAGAUGAUGAUGGUAGGACACCUCUUCAUACUGCUGUAGCUAAAAGUCUCCGUGGAAGUGAAUUAGUUAAAAUAUUGAUACAGGCUGGAUCUCAUGUAAAUAAACCAGAUAAAUUUGGCUACACACCUCUCCACAUUGCAGCACUUAAUGAAAGUUCUUUUAUCGUUACUCUAUUGCUUGCACAAGGAGCCGACGUGACUGCCCGAACGAAAGGCGGAAUUUCUGCCCUCAGUUUUAUUAUUCGACGUACACCAGAUGUACUUCCAAGAUUUGUUUCACGUAUGGAUCAAGCGAUAUCUCUACAUGACCAUGAAUUAGGCGACGUUGAUUGUGAGCUGCGUUUAGACUUUCGUUUCUUAGUACCCGGUGGACGAGGUGAAACUGAUUUAAUGCUCUGUCUUGUUGAAGGCGGCCAAAGACAUAUUCUUAAACACCCUCUAUGCGAAAGUUUUCUCUACCUAAAAUGGUUAAGAAUACGCAAAUUUUUUUUAUUUAGUUUGAUAUUCCACGCAAUAUUCGUUGCAAUAUUUACUGCAUACGUGGUAGCAGCAUUUUUAUAUGAAUUGCGUACAAUUGUAGAGAUACUUUUCUGGCCUAUUAUAAUUUUCACAAUUAUUUUAGCGAGUAAAGAAGUUUUUCAGUUAGUCCAUGGUAUCUGUAUGUAUAUAAAAAGAUGGGAAAACUGGUUACAGUGGGGAGUAAUCGUGUCUUCUGGUGCAAUUGUAAUAAAACCAGCUGACUUCUGGCAACAUCAUGUAGCUGCUCUCGGGAUUCUUUUAGUCUGGAUCGAACUUAUGAUAGUCGUCGGAAGAUUUCCUAUGUUUGGUUUGUACGUUCAGAUGUUUACUCAAGUAGCAAUAAACUUUUUCAAAUUUCUCGGAGCAUAUUUAUGUUUAAUAAUUGGCUUUGGACUUGGAUUUAGUGUUCUGCACAAAAAUUACAAAUCUUUUAAAAAUCCACUAAUGAGUCUGCUAAAGACUAUUAUCAUGAUGUCAGGAGAACUGGAAUUCGAAGACGUUUUCUUUGAUCCAGAUGCACCAAUGCAGUAUCCAGGAACAUCUCACCUUAUGUUAUUAGCUUUUGUUGUACUCGUUACAAUUAUUUUAACAAAUUUAAUGGUAGGUCUUGCAGUGUCAGACAUCCAAGAACUUCGUCGUUGUGCUGGUCUUGAUCGACUUGUACGUCGCGCUGAACUUGUAGCCCAUUUAGAAAGUCUAAUGUUUUCAAAAUUUCUCGACUAUUGUCCUCAAAGAAUUGUUAAGCCCUGUAGAAAAGGUGCGCUGCUUCUUCAUCCACCUCACCAUUGUGCAAUACAUAUUAGACCUAAUGAUCCUCGUGAAAAACGUUUACCUAAAGAUUUAAUUAAGUCUAUCUACCGACUAGUUUCCGAAAGAAAAGUUCGUGUACAUAAUAAUAUAAAUAGUUCAUCAUCAAGAAGCAAUAAUACCGAUACUGAAGACAACAGAGUCUCUAGAUUGUACAGUAUUAAUUCAACUAAUGAUUCAGCUAGUCGACAAAUGCUAGAAUUAUUUGCUGAACUUAAGAGAUACUCCCAUGACAUAAGCAUGCGUUUAGAUGCUUUAACAAACCGAAUUGAUAUAAUAACGCAAGAAUUUGAUCAUCAAAAUCAAUUAUAAAAUACUCAUAACUUUAAUUAUUUAAAUAAUUAGUAUGUAAAAUAAAAUAUUUGUAAUUUUUUAUGGUAAUAAAUAAAUUAUUUACCAAUAA